AUGGUCAACCGCGGGCGUUCCGGAGGUUGUGUGACGUGCAAGAAACGCCGCGUGAAAUGCGACGAGACGAAGCCCGAGUGCCGAGCGUGCCAGCGCCUUCAGCUUCGUUGCGGAGGCUACAACAGGUCCAAAUAUCUCAAACUAACGUUCAUAGACCAGAACCACAAGUUCAGCACCAACACCAACCGAAAUGUCGAUUCUCACGGCCGGGAUGUCGUGAGCGCUGCCACUCAUCCGAGCCGGUUGCCCGAGUCUGUUGUUCAGGAGGAGGUUGCGAGGACUUUGACUUGGCGGCUCUCUGAGCCCGACACCGCCGUGCCGUUCUUUCUCGGCCAUUACGCCAGUCUGGGCCGCGAUAUAAGAUCCACGCGCGGGUUCUUCGAACUGCUCAUUCCAGCCUACUUGUCACAGCCGGAAGAAUCGCCGCUCUCGCUCGCCGUGUCGGCGUUGGCUUCAGAGAUCUUUUCUAUGUGGCGGCGAGACGGCAGCAGCUUCCGAUCACCACGGAAAUCUUAUUCCCGGGCAAUCGCACGCCUUCGGACGGCAACACAGGAUCCCAUAGAACGUAGCAAGUCGGCAACUGUGUUAGCCGUGCUGGCGCUGCAGACGUACGAGAAUGCCUCUGCGAUAUAUGAUCUUCGCUGGGCCUCGAGCACGCACCACAAUGGCGCAGCAUCUUUGCUCCCGUUUGUGGACUCGGACAAUAUGGACGGGACAGUGCGCGCCCACCUACGAAAGUUUAUGCUACACACUGAGGUUUCAACCGCCUUGCGUCAGAAGAAGCCACUGAAGAGUAUCGCAUACUCGUGGAUUGGGAACAAGGAUACGAUGACUGUGCCCGACAACCCUAGCUCAGAACUCGAUGCCAUAGGGGCGUCUGUUGCCGAGUUGCAGGCUAGCUACACGCAGUUUGUGACGCAGGGUGGCUCUACGACGUCUUUGGAUCGCGUCCUGAGAGAGUGGAGGGCCGAGGCAAGGAGAGUUGAUGCAGAGCUUCUCGCGUGGGCGGAAAACGUACCGCAUCACUGGAGACCACGAAGGAUGAUAAGUGGUCGGGAUAUCGAUCCUUCUAUACCCACCUAUCAGUCUGUCUGUGAGGUAUAUCCUUCCUGCCAAAUUGCCAGCAUUUGGAAUCUAUGGCGCUUCCAACGCCUCCUGCUGGCCAAGAUCGCCCUCGGCUCCUUCAAUGCAUUCUCAGAUCUGAGCCGCUUUGGCUUCCCAUGCGACCAAUUCCUCGGCGACCCCAUAGAUUUCCUCGACUACCAACAAAUCCUCCAAGAGGUGGUCGACGGCAUGUGCUACAGCAUACCCUUCCACCUUGGCAACCGAACCACCCAGUCCAGUCUCACAGAUUUCACUGACCCGACGAUCAUGCUUCCUAGCCAAUAUGCCACAGAAUAUGGGACGCAACUGGGCAGGGAUGGUCUUGAUGCGGCAAUGUCGAGGAACGACCACAGGCGUCAUCUCAUCGCGCAGGGGCCGUGGCGCUCCAUACACCCGUUGAGCCGCCUGUUGACGCUCUUCUCGGAAGAUCACGGCGAGGUCAUCGCGAGCCUUCUUAGGCCUGGACAGCGGGAAUGGAUUCGCGACCAGUUCCUGCGUCUCGCCACGUUGUUGGAUCUUCCGUCGGGGUCGGGCAAUGACAUGAAGGGAUCAGAAUCGCCGGGAGGGUCUGCAGAUGCGAAGGCGGAGUAUCUGGCCAGGGAGACUAGGAAGGGCGCAAUUCUUAUGAGUGGUCCGUAA